AUGGGUAGCACUGAGCCAAAGCCUCUGAUAUUGGCCAUUGCCGGAGCCGCGGUAGGGCACUUUGUUCCUGCCCUUCAGAUCUGUCAGCACCUCGUGUCUAAGGGAUACGAUGUCAGCAUACUUCAAGCAUCAUACUUCAAGGACUCGAUCGAGUCUAUUGGGGCGACGUUCAUCCCACUCGAUGAGGAGUGUGACUUCUGCCAGUACGACAUCGCGCUGAAGGGCAGCCCUAAUGGGCGUUUCCCCGAGCGCUUGACCCUCUCGCCGGGGCUCGAGACUCUUGCCUUCGACCUGGAGCACGUCUUCAUGCCUUACAUCCCGUCACAAGCCCGCUCAAUCUCACGUGCCCUCGAGCAGACUCAGCUCCGUGAUCCGGCGCGCAAGGUCGUGAUCCUGGCCGAGAAUUCGAUGCUGGGCAUCGUCCCACUCAGGCUUGUCUCUGAUGAGAAGCGCUGCAAGGUGCCCCCAGUCCUUGGGUUGAACGUUGUCCCCCUGACAUGGGAGAGCAUCGACGUUGGCCCAUUCGGGACGGGACUGCCACCGGACUCUACGCCGUCCGGCCGCGCCCGGAACAUAGUCCUCCACGGCCUCGUCCGCAACUUUGCGCUCAAGGGGGCCCUCAAAGCCCUGCGAAAAUAUCUCAUCGAAGCCGGCGCCGAGCCUGAACACAUCCCCGGGCCAGGCGAGCUGGGUUUCAACAUCACCUAUGACCCGCGCGUGUACGACAAGGUCUUCCAGAUGUGCCUCCCCGAGGUCGAGUUCCCGCGGUCCGACCUGCCGGAGCACAUUCAGUUCGUAGGCGGGCUACCACGCAAGCCCAUUCCGGCAAACUACGAGUACCCGCCGUGGUGGAGCGACAUCGUGACCAACUCGGAGUUGCCCACGGACCAGCGUAAGAAGCUUGUCGUGGUGGCGCAGGGUACAUUCGCGAACGACUACAGCGACCUGAUCCUGCCCACAAUCCAGGGCCUCGGGGCGCGCCCUGAAUUCCUCACCGUCGCCAUACUCGGCAAGAAGGGAGCGCGGCUCGAGGCGGAUCUGCCCCCCAAUGCGCGCGUCGCCGACUACUUGCCGUACGACGCCGUGCUGCCGUAUGCAGACGUCUUCGUGCAGGCUGGCAGCUAUGGCGGCUUUCAGCACGGAUUGGUCAACGCUGUGCCAGCGGUUCUAGGGGGUGACACGGAAGAUAAACCCGAGAUUGCGGCGAGGGCUGAGUGGGCUGGAGUAGGGUUCAACUUGAAGACGGGCCAUCCUACUCCCGAACAAGUUGCGCAGGGUGUUGACGAGGUCUUGAAGAACCCCGGCUACAAGAUUAGAAGUGUGGAGUUGAGCAAGCUCAUGAAAGCAACUGAUCCUCUGGCCACGAUUGAAAAGGAGCUGUUUCUCAUGGCAGCGUCCUCAUAA